GGCGGCGGAGGGAAAGAAGGGAUACGUGACGUUUUUGGCCGGAAAUGGGGAUUAUGUGAAAGGGGUGGUGGGAUUGGCGAAGGGAUUGAGGAAAGUGAAGAGUGCUUAUGAUGAAUUGGUGGUUGCCGUUCUUCCUGAUGUGCCGGCGGAGCACCGGGAGAUGUUAAGGCUGCAGGGAUGUGUUGUGCGUGAGAUAGAACCGGUCCAUCCGCCGGCGAACCAGGUCCAGUUCGCCAUGCCUUAUUAUGUUAUCAACUAUUCCAAACUGCGCAUAUGGAACUUUGAUGAAUACAGCAAGUUGAUAUACUUGGAUGCUGACAUACAAGUCUAUGAUAACAUCGACCACCUCUUCGACUUGCCGGACGGACAUUUCUACGCUGUGAUGGACUGCUUCUGCGAGAAAACAUGGAGUCAUUCCCGCCAGUAUUCCAUUGGUUAUUGUCAACAGUGCCCGGAGAAGGUGAAGUGGCCGCCGGAGAUGGGAUCUCCUCCGCCUCUCUACUUCAACGCCGGCAUGUUCUUGUUCGAACCCAGUCGCCUCACCUGCCAAGCUUUGCUUGACUGCCUCAAGAAUACUACUCCAACUCCCUUCGCCGAGCAAGAUUUCCUCAACAUGUACUUCGGGAAAAUCUAUAAGCCGAUUCCUCUUAUAUACAACCUCGUUCUUGCCAUGCUGUGGCGCCACCCAGAGAAUGUUGAACUCGACAAGGUUAAGGUUGUUCAUUACUGUGCUGCUGGAUCAAAGCCAUGGAGGUACACAGGAAAAGAACAAAACAUGGACAGAGAGGACAUAAAGAUGCUAGUGGCUAAAUGGUGGGAGAUAUACAAUGAUGAAUCACUGAAUUUCAAGAUGGAAGUGUUGGCAUCAGAGGACGAAGCAGAAGGUUUUCCCAAAAUUCAUGACUCUGCGUUCUUGGCUUCGAUAAUGGAGCCUAGGAUUAUUCAUGUCACUGCUCGUUCUACAGCUUAGGAGAAUAAGAAAGAAAGAAGAAAUAUGUAUAAGCAAAAUUUAGAGAUAGUAAGAUGCUAAGUUCCUGCUGGAAGGGACUUAUAUCUUCAAUCUAUAGAAGGUUGCCACUUGCACCGAGCUACCAGUAGCCUGAGAGCUAUUCAGAGAUUAUUAUUUCUCCAUUAUAGAAAGAUUGGAGUGGGGUUAGAUCAAAGAUGUAUGUGAAAAGAUAUAAAAUUUUUAGUUGAUUAAUGAAAAGCUAAAGAAGAGAUUGAAUGAAAAGCUAAAGAAGAGAGAAAUUAGGUGUCAAUCAAUCUCUUAGGGAAUUGAUUUAUAAGGAAUCCUAUCAAAUUAAUAUGAAGAGAGAACGCUGAGUUGAGCCAAGUUAUGCAGAAGCAAUUUAGUUGGAGAAACGGAUUUUAUGAAUAAUUUUAUGUUAGAUUUCAUG